AUAGAAAGUUCUCUGGAAUAAUACUUUCCCACUCCCAACUCUGGUUGGGUCUUAUUUAAUGGCUCUGGUUGGGUCCUAAAGCAGAGUUCCUCCAGCAGAGGACCUGCAGUGUUUACAGAAGCCCGAUGAUGAGCACGCUCUGACCGGCUGUGAUGCAGGAGGAGAGACAGGAGGAAGAGUAUCCGGUGGGCGGUGCAGACCCCUGAAGAUACAGAAAGCCUGCGGAUGCGAUAGGAUAGGUCGCGGGCUAUACUUUUGGAGAGCGGUAUCUCAUUUUGUAUUUUUGCAGGAGACAAAAGCCGCUAAAGUGCGACAGAUAAGGUGGGAGGGAAUAUUGUAUGAGAAGCACAGACCUUUGUCUGCAAAACCUCAGUGAAUGCAGGAGAGGAGACAGACAACAAUAGUCUUUUUCAUUCUCCGGAAAACAAGUAGGAGUAGCUUUCUGUGCUUUCAGGCUGAGGUCCAGUGUGCUUGCCUCUUUAAGGACACUUCUACAAACAGAUUGUGUUAAGGCGGUAUGUCAUCUAUUGGUCGGUGGGACAGACAAGAGAAGAGACAAAGCAGCAGCUAUUGAUGUAGGACUAAGCGCAGACAUACUGUGACCUGCUCAAGAGCUGCUUACAGGCCUGUGGGCUUACUGCCAGGGAUGACAUCGAGAGAGAGAGGGGUGAUGCAAUUUGGUGAAAGCUGUCACUAUUGAUUUACACAUGAGGCGGUGCUGGACGCAUCUCUAGAGGUGCGUUCUGUUUACAAAGCAUUGUGGAAAUCACCGAGAGGCCUUUGUAAACAGCCUGAACACAUCUCAGCAUCCUCCGACACCGACGUAUUUUCCGCCGGUAGAUGCUCUUCUCUCUGGCGCUCUUCCUGUGGAGGCUGUACCGACAUUUCUCCAUCAUGUUCAGCUCAGACAGACUCACAGUCCCGGAGUAUGUCAGCCGGCUGCAGAGGUCGAGGAGCGGAUCCGGUUCCGAACCCAGAGCGGUCUCCCCGGGCAUCAGUGCCGACGUCCAGGCGGGUUUGCACGCCUCAAUCCCCGCCCUGCGCUCCGCAAUCAGGAUGCUGAAGUCAUCAAAGGAAACCUCCGAUUCAGAUGAGACCCGCAGGGCCAUCGCGGAUAUCUUUCAGCUGGUACAGGAGGCCUGGGUUUUGCCCACCGUAGGCCGUCAAGUGGCCGAGGAGAUCUGCAACAGGAUCCGGCUGGACGGAGGCCUGGAGACGCUGCUGCAGCUUCAGCAGACACCUGCUGUGGAGAUCACAUAUGAGUCUGCAAAACUGCUGGAGCAGAUACUCAUCUCAGAGAACAGAGAUUAUUUAGCACGGAUGGGUCUGGGGGUCAUCCUCAACCUGACUCGACAGCAGGAAGACGCACAGCUGGCUCGCAGUGUCUCUGGGAUCCUGGAGCACAUGUUCAAACACAGCGAGGAGACAUCUGUCCAGCUCAUCUCUAACGGUGCCCUGGACUCCCUCCUCUUCUGGUGCAGAGGAACAGAUCCCACUGUGCUGCGCCACUGUGCUGUGGCACUAGCAAACUGUGCCAUGUAUGGAGGCCACCGCUGCCAGCGAUGGAUGAUCGAGAAACAGGCGGCCGAGUGGCUUUUCCCACUGGCUUUUUCCAAAGAGGAUGAACUCAUUCGCUUCCACGCGUGUCUGGCGGUGACUGUGUUGGCUGCCAACCGAGAAAUCGAGAAGGAGGUGGUGAAAUCUGGAACCUUGGAGCUGGUGGAGCCAUUCAUUGCAUCUCUGGAUCCGGAUGACUUUGCUCGCAGUUUAUUGGACAGUGCAGACUGCAUGCAGGGUAAGACAGCAACUGAUCUGCAGCAUUUUUUGCCAUUACUGGAUGGCACAAGACUGGAAGGAAAGUGUAUUGCAGCCUUUUACUUUUGUGUGGAGACCAGCAUCAAGUCUCGUCAGCGCAACACUAAGAUUUUUCAAGAGAUUGGAGCAGUGCAGAGCCUAAAAAGAAUUGUCAUGUACUCCAGUAAUGGCACAGCUUCUUCCCUCGCCAAGCGGGCACUCAGUAUGAUGGGGGAGGAAGUGCCAAAACGUAUCCCGUCAGGUGUGCCCAACUGGAAAACCUGUGAAGUGCAGACCUGGCUGCAGCAGGUUGGCUUUAGUGCCUAUUGUGACCGUUUCCAGGAGCUCCAGGUGGAUGGAGACCUAAUGCUGAACAUCACAGACCAGGAUCUGAGCACGGAUCUGGGCAUGACUGCAGGCCUCAUUCGCAAGAGAUUUUUAAGAGACUUGCGCGUGUUGAAGACUUACGCCAACUACUCCACAUGUGACCCAAACAACAUGGCCGACUGGUUAGCUGAGAUAGACCCUCGUUUCCGUCAGUAUACGUACGGCCUGGUCCAGUCAGGAGUGGAUCUCAACAAUAUCCAGAACCUGACCGAUCAGCAGCUCCAGUAUGACUGCCACAUAGACAACGGAGUCCACAGAGCCAAGAUACUGUCUUCUAGCCGCAAGCCCUUAAAACCGUGCCACACAGACGCCCAGCCUGCAGGGCCCGACGUGUUCAUCAGCUACCGUCGGACUACCGGCUCCCAGCUAGCCAGCCUUCUGAAGGUGCACUUGCAGGUUCGCGGCUACAGCGUCUUUAUAGAUGUGGAGAAGCUGGAGGCUGGUAAAUUCCAGGAAAAACUGAUCCAGAGUGUACAGAGGGCACGCAAUUUCAUCCUGGUCCUGUCCUCCAAUGCUCUCGACAAGUGCAUGGGUGACACUGCCAUGAAGGACUGGGUGCAUAAGGAGAUAGUCACAGCCCUGGCUGGUAAGAAGAACAUAGUUCCUGUCACAGAUAACUUUAUGUGGCCCGACCCCAUGUCUUUGCCGGAGGACAUGAGAGCAAUUCUCAACUUCAACGGCAUUAAAUGGUCUCAUGAAUAUCAGGAGGCCACGAUCGAGAAGAUCCUACGCUUUCUGAAUGGACGGCAAGACCAAAUCGAUGGCCCUGAUGCCUCCAAACAACCGAAAAAGAAACAAAAUGACAUAAACAAGGUUUGAUCUCAGAUAUAGUAUCAACUUUCAACGAUGCCGAAUUCCACAUGGCCGAUGGUGACCUGGCCGGCAGCGUUCCCUGCACUGCCCAAAUGCAUGUGGAGUGAAUUUGAUUAUAUUUAGAUUACAUGCUCAGACCUAAUAUAAACAGACCUAAUAUACUACAAACAGUAAUGGAAAUCAAAAAAGGAUUUCAGAUGUAUAUAAUAAACUGUAAGCCUUUAAUGACAGUACCCUCACACUGCUGUAUAUGUGUAAUCAGGUGCAGUACACGCCUUCUGUUUCUCAGGAAAAUAACUGUGAUAGAUCAGCUGAUCACCCAGCAAAAUCCUCAAUAGCAGUUUCUGAAGUAUCUACUAACAUGUCAGUCUUUAUAAAUGUUACAUGCAGUCAUCUUGUGUUUAACCCCUAAACUGUAUAUUCCUAUGAGCAAAGCAGGUCUCUAAUUUUACAGAUAUUUGUGUUUGGGUUGUCAUAGAAAAGAAACUGUUCCUAGCAGAUGCAUUGACUGAAGGCAUAAUCUAAACUGGAUGCAUGACAUACUGUACAGAAAUAAACGAGCUACAUACUGUAUACCUGCACCCCCCAACUUAGCAAAUAACAGAUUUAAGGAGUGUACAGGCAGCAACAAAUACCCAUGUAGUAUUAAACGUCCUUUUCUGUAAAAGUGGAUAAAAAGUAACUUUGAAUUAACGUACAGUACUGAAAAUGAUUCCAUCAGUUUUACAUAGUGUCUUGCUGUUACAACACAGUAUAAUAACAUUAAAGUAUCAUUUAAUACUGUU